CAAACGGCAAUGCAUGAACAAGAUACGAUUAGGAUUUUUAGUUCAGUUCACCGUAGGCUUUAAAUACGUUAAGUUUGUUGCAGCUACACACGCGGGUAGAGUGAUCUCGAGUUGGGCGUAGGUUGACAAAGAUUAUGCCAUGUAACUUGUCCUUAUAGUAUUUGUAAUAUGAAGAUCAAACGCUAUGCAGUGUUCGUGACUCCAAAACAGCCCAUGUCCUUAUGGGCAAUUAUAAUAAUUUGGUCUUGCCUAUUGCAACCAACUUAUCUAAAAACGGAUGUACGCGAACCAACUGAGCAACAACAUCAACGCACACAUCAUCAUCAAAGAAGUGAGGCGACAUCACUGCAUGCCACUGCAAAUUAUAUCACAUUAAAUAAAUACAAAUUCCGACACAAAUUGUACAAUGCCACCAUACCCGAGAAUAGUGUGGGCAAAACAUAUGCGAUACCAUUGGCGCAUGAAGACAUUAUGGGUAUUGCCAUUAUACCGGGUGCCGAGGUUAAGUAUCGCAUCGUAGCAGGAGAUCGUGAUAAGCUAUUUAAAGCUGAGGAGCGUUUAGUUGAUGACAUUGCAUUUCUAGCGAUACGCACAAGAACUAGCAAUGUUGUGCUAAAUCGUGAAAAGAAUGAGGAGUAUUUGUUGAAAGUGCGCGCGAUGAUCAAAUAUAAUCUAGGCGAUGAUUAUAUGGGUGAUGAGACGGAAACAACCGUACAUAUACGUGUAUUGGAUCGUAACGAUUUGAGUCCACUAUUCUAUCCAAUAGAAUAUGCACAAAUCGUACCCGAGGAUAUGCCAAUACAUCGGAGUAUAUUACGGGUUACAGCCGAAGAUGCCGAUUUGGGUAUUAAUGGCGAAAUCUACUAUAGUUUUCUUAUCGACAAUGAAUACUUUUCGAUACAUCCAACGACUGGAGUAAUUACAUUAAAUAGACAAUUAAGAUAUACAGACAGUUCCCAUUAUAAUUUAACGGUGCUCGCGAAUGAUCGGGGCUCAGCCAUUAAUCAUUACAAUCAUCAAUCGAGCAAAGCAAAAGUUUCCAUAACCGUAGAACAAGUUAAUUUACACACUCCAGAAAUAUAUUUUAAGACUUUUUCUAGUAUAACCUCGAAUUUUAGUUCGAAUAUUUAUGGUAUAGUUAAGGUCAGCGACAAUGACACUGGCAAACAUGGUGAAAUAAAUAAAUUACAAAUCGUUGACGGUGAUCCCGAUGGAAAUUUCGUAAUAACACCAACACAUAAUAUCGGCGAAUAUUUUAUUGAAAUAAAUAAAUUCGCAAAACUAAAUGACUCCAUUAAAUAUAAUUUAACUUUACGUGCCGAAGAUAAGGGAGUGCCUAUGCGGCACUGUUAUAAGACCAUUCCAGUACACUUUAUUAAGGAGAGAAAUAACGCACCAGUAUUUACUAAGCAUUUAUAUGAAAUCUCAAUACCCGAAACAUCGCCACCAAAUAUGCCAGUGAUUAGACUGAAAGUGACCGAUCCUGAUUUGGGUAAGAAUGCCAUGGUCUAUUUGGAGAUAGUCGGCGGCAAUGAGGGUGGUGAAUUUCGCAUAAAUCCCGAUUCAGGCAUGCUAUACACACAAAAGCCACUCGAUGCCGAAAGUAAAUCCUUCUAUACACUAACUGUCUCGGCAAUCGAUCAGGCGAAUCUCGGCUUCCGUAAACAAUCAUCGGCGAAGGUAAAAGUUAAUAUACAGGAUAUGAACGAUAAUGAUCCGUUGUUCGAGCUGAUGAACACGACCAUCGAAUUGGAUGAGAAUGAAUUGGCCGGUGCUUUUGUUGUGAAAUUAACAGCGCGUGAUAGGGAUAGUGGAGAGAAUGCAUACAUAUCAUAUAGUAUAGCUAAUUUGAAUGAGGUACCCUUUGAAAUCGAUCAUUUUACGGGCGAACUCAAGACCACAACAUUAAUUGAUUAUGAAACCAUGCGUAGAACAUAUGUGCUCAGCGUUCGCGCAUCAGAUUGGGGACUACCGUAUCGACGACAAACUGAAUUGGAGCUGUUAAUCAAAAUUAGAGAUAUCAACGAUAAUCGACCGCAAUUCGAGCGUGUGAAUUGUUUUGGCAAAGUUUUGCGUAAUAUACCGGUCGGUACGGAAAUAUUCACACUUUCGGCCAUAGAUUUUGAUGCUGGUGAUUUCAUAACCUAUCGGCUGAUAUCGGGUAAUGAAGAUGGCUGUUUUAAUCUAGAUCCAACUACUGGUGUACUAUCAAUUGGUUGUGACUUGGCUGAUGUUUCAACAGCAACAACGCGCUACAUAAAUGUAUCUUCCACGGAUGGCACACAUUUCUCAGACGAAAUGAAUAUGGUUAUUGAUAUUGUCGGUGAUGAGAAGAAUGUCUACAUGGAGCACAUUGACAUGUUCAGUGGUUAUGGUAGCUUUGAAUGUCGUGAGACCGGUGUUUCCAGACGUUUGGCCGAGAACUUGGCGGCAGCGGAACGCAAUAAUGCGAACGUACAUGAGAAGACCUACAUAAACGAUCUGGGUCUGACGCCAAGUCGUUAUGGCGAGAAUAUGCAUGCGCCAGAAUUUAUAGACUUCCCACAUGAACUACGACUGAACGAGAGCAUUGAGUUGGGCGAGACUGUGAUGUGGAUCAAGGCAAGAGAUCGUGAUUUGGGUUAUAAUGGCAAAUUGGUUUUUGCCAUUUCGGAUGGUGAUAACGAUUCGGUAUUUCGUAUCGAUCCUGAUAGUGGCGAACUGCAAAUAAUUGGCUAUCUCGAUCGUGAGCGUCAGGAUGAAUACGUGCUAAAUGUAACCGUUUACGAUCUGGGUCAGCCACAAAAGUCGCAAUCGAAAUUUCUACCCGUCUUCAUACUCGAUAGCAAUGAUAAUCGACCGGUUUUCCAAAAAUCACUAGCAACAUUUCAUCUUCCAGAAAACGCAUUUAACGGCACAUUAAUAUUUUGUUUAAAUGCAUCGGAUGCUGACAUAGAAGAGAAUGCGAAAAUCACCUACUUAAAGCAGACUGAAACGCGAGACUUCUUUGUGAACAUCAGCACAGGUUGUAUAUAUUUGGCCAAUGCAUUGGACCGCGAAAAGUUGGAUAAAUAUGAAUUGCACAUCAUAGCCAAGGAUAAUGGUGAACCAGCACUCACAGCCGAAGCUGUCAUAAAUAUAUUGGUCGAGGAUAUCAACGAUAAUGCGCCCAUCUUCGGUGUACAGGAAUUCAUAUUCAAAGUGCGUGAGGAUAUACCGCGCGGCACGGUGGUGGCGGCAAUCGAAGCCACUGACAUCGAUAUUGGACCAAAUGGUGAAAUCUUUUUCUCCAUAAAAGAAGAGCUCGCCACUGAAGAACUGUUCAAAAUUGACAAACACACCGGUGUCAUACGCACCUUAGGCUAUUUGGAUUACGAGAAACGGCAAGUGCAUAAUUUAAUAGUGAGCGCUAUAGACCGCGGUUCACCAUCGCUGACAACCGAUAUGCCUGUGGUGAUCGAGAUUAUCGAUGUGAAUGAGAAUCGUUUUGCGCCGGAAUUCGGUGAUUUUGUCUACACCGGCAAGGUGAAAGAGAAUCUACCGUCACGCAGUUUUGUGAUGAACAUAACCGCGAAAGAUGCCGAUAUAAAUGGACCGGAUUCGAAGAUCUCGUACAGCAUACGUGGUGGCGAUGGUUUAGGUGUGUUCACAGUGAAUGAUGAAGGUAUCAUACGCACAUUAUCCCAUUUGGAUGCUGAAACAAAAUCCAGUUAUUGGCUUACGCUUUGCGCUCAGGAUCACGCUAUCAUACCGUUAAGCAGUUGUGUGCAGGUCAAUAUACAGGUGGAAGAUGAAAACGACAAUGUACCAUUAACUGAUAAGCCUGUCUACUAUGUAUCUGUCUUGGAAGGUAGUCCGGAGAACACGCCGGUUAUACAAUUAAAUGCUUAUGAUAAUGACAAAAAUCCAGCACAGUUCUUUACUUAUCGCAUAAUUUCGGGAAAUCCGGAAGGUUUCUUUGAGUUAAAUUCAACAACAGGGGAUCUGAUAACAACGGAAAGGAAACUGGAUCGAGAAAACCAAGCAGAGCAUAUACUAGAGAUCUCCAUAUCUGAUAAUGGAACUCCAGCGCUAACUUCAACAACGCGCGUUGUUGUUUCAGUCGAAGAUAUCAACGAUCAUAGUCCAGAAUUUGAGCAACGCUUCUACAAAAUUCAAGUACCUUCAACAGUAGACAUAAACGAAACAGUUUUCCAGGCGCGUGCCAUUGACAAUGAUUUCGGCGAGAAUGGACGCAUUACUUAUUUCAUCAAGUCUGGCAAAGGUAAAAAUCGUUUUCGCAUGGACCCCGACACUGGUUUCAUUUAUCUAAUGAAGCCCCUGGAAGUGGAUGCCGAAUAUGAUUUGAAUAUACGCGCUGAAGAUAACGGUACACCGAAACGUAGUCAAAAUGCUAAAUUGAAUAUAGUUGUCAUACCGAUUUCGACAAAUUCCCCACAUGCACCUGCCAUAAAAGCGGACGAUAGUCGUAUUGAUGUAACUGAAAGUGAUCGGCCAGGAUUUUUGGUAGCACUCGUGCAGGCGACUGAUGAAGACAACGAUCAUCUGUGGUACAACUUAAGUGAUGGCAACGAACGCAAUGAAUUCUACAUUGGCAAAGAUAACGGUCACAUUUUACUCUCGAAAAGUUUAGACCGUGAAACUCAGUCAUCGUAUAAUUUGACAGUUACCGUCACCGAUGGCACUCAUAUAGUUAAUACCAAUCUGUACAUACACGUUGUCGACAUAAACGAUAACCGGCCACAGUUCACACAAGAUAUAUACUAUGUAAAUAUAUCGGAGAAUAUCGAAGAAGAAGCUAUUAUAAUGCAAUUGCAUGCCACCGAUAAGGAUGAGGAUAAUAAGAUAUUCUACACGCUACAUGCCGCACAAGAUCCAACAUCACUCUCACUAUUUCGUGUAGAUUCCAUAAGUGGUAAUGUGCUGGUGAUAAAACGUCUAGAUUACGAAAAGAACAGACAUCAUACAUUGAUAGUGAUCGCUAAAGAUCAAGGAACGCCAGCCAAACGGAAUUAUGCCAAAAUCGUUAUAACCGUACAUGAUCAUAACGAUCAUCAUCCAGAAUUUAUGAGUAAGAUCGUACAAAGCAAAGUACCCGAGAGUGCGGCGAUCGGUUCGAAAGUGGCUGAAUUGACAGCAUUAGAUUUGGAUAGUGGCAAAAAUGCUGAAAUUAGAUACUCCAUUAUAACUGGUAAUGUUGGCAAUACUUUCGAAAUCGAACCAACAAUGGGCAUUGUGACACUAUCGAAAAGUUUGAAUAUAAAUAAAAUGCAAGAAUAUAUGUUGCAAAUUAAGGCCACAGAUCAUGGUGAGCCGCCGCUCUCCUCACAAGUGCCGCUACAUAUUAUCGUUACAAUGUCCGAAAAUGAUCCACCCAUCUUUAUGGCGCCGCUGAAUGUCAUUGAGAUCUAUGAGAACAUAAUGGUUGGCACAUUUGUUUGUCAAGUGGAGGCACGCUCUUCCUCAUCUGUGUUCUACGAGGUGGCGGAUGGUGAUGUGGGUCAACGAUUUCGUAUUAAUCCCUCAACUGGUGUAAUAACAGCGAAUGAUAACAUUGAUUACGAGAAAAACAAAUCUUUUAAUCUCACCAUUAUUGCCACAAACAUGGCAUCGGCUACUUCCACGCACAAUAUUAUCAUACAUAUUUUGGAUAUUAACGAUAAUGAACCAUUCUUCGAGAAAACUGCAUACAAUGGUACUAUUUCGGAGAUUGCAACAAUCGGUUCUUUCGUUUUUCAAAAAAAUGAUCCACAAAAGAGGCCGCUGCUAGUUACAGUUAAGGAUUUGGAUGAGGGUGUAAACAGCAUGAUCGAAUACACCAUUUUAAACAAUCAAGCAAAAGAAUAUUUCGAAAUUGAUUCAUCCACGGGCGCUAUUAAACUACUGAAACAGGUGGAUUAUGAAAGGAAUAAAUAUUUUCGAUUUGACGUAAUGAUCAACGACUUGGGCGUGCCAAAAUUGUAUGCCAAAUAUCACUCAACUAUACAUAUCGAUGUUGAAAAUAUCAAUGAUUGCCCGCCGGUUUUCACUAAGAGCUACAUGAAUGUGACGCUGUAUCAACCCACAUAUGAAAAUAUCAUUAUAGCCGAAGUGAAUGCGACCGAUGCAGAUUUAGAUGAAAAUACGAAAAUCCGUUAUGACAUUAUUGAUGGGAAUGCAGAUGGUUGUUUCGAAAUUGAUGCGACAACGGGCAUUGUGACCACCAGGGAUAUCACACAUUUGGAUACAUUUUAUACGCUACACAUUAGAGCUUCCGAUGGCCUGUACUCAGCCAUAGCGCAAAUUGACAUUAACAUUGAAACCUUGUCGACACCAGGUUUUGUAUUCCAGAAACCUUCUUACACAUUUUCUACAAUUGAGAAUUCUUCCAAAAUCGUAACGGUUGGACUGGUAAAUGUGGUGGGUAAUCUGUUGCACGAGAAUGUUGAAUUCAGCAUUUUAAGUCCGACAAAGAUGUUCGUAAUCGGUAAGACAUCUGGUGCCAUCAAAACAACUGGGUUGCCUUUCGAUCGUGAGAGUCAAGAUAUUUACACCAUAGUAAUUGAGGCACGUUCUUUACUACUCUAUGAGAAAUUCAAGCAGAUGCGACGUGCCAUUGUGCGUGUGGACAUUUCCAUACUGGAUGUUAACGAUAAUUGUCCCAUAUUCGUCAAUUUGCCUUAUUAUGCAACAUUAUCAGUGGACGAUGUCAAGGGCACCAUAAUAACUAGUGUUAAAGCUGUUGAUCUCGAUAGCUAUGAAAAUGGUGAGGUGCGUUACGAAAUGAAGAAAGGUAAUGGUGAGCUCUUCAAAGUCGAUCGUAAAUCGGGCGAAUUAGUGUUGAAGCAAAUUAUUGAUGGCAGUAUUAGGGUUUACGACUUAAUAAUCGCUGCCUACGAUGGUGCAAUAUCACCAUGUUCCACUGAUGCGGCGGUUAACAUAAAGGUGGUUGAUCGUUCGAUGCCCACAUUCGAUAAGCAAUUUUACUCCGAUGUCGUGAAAGAAAAUGCCGAAUUGUUUUCGGCGCUCUCCAUAGCAAUACAGGCCGAAAGUCCGCUUAAACGAAGACUAAUUUACACAAUAUCAAGUGGAAAUGAGGAUGAAGUGUUCGAAAUUGAUUACAGAACUGGUGUCAUUUACAUUGUUAACGAGUUGGAUUACGAGACGAAACAAAGUCACGAAUUUCUGGUGCGUGCAACCGAUUCCUUAUCUGGCAUUUAUGCCGAAGUUACAGUGUCGAUAAUAGUUGAAGAUGCUAAUGAUUGCUAUCCAACGAUUGAGCAGGACAAUUACAAUAUAAGCAUAUCGGAGAAUUUGUUAAUCGGUUCACAAAUUAUGAAAGUCAAUGCGUCCGAUUGUGAUGCGAAUGCAAAUAGUGAAUUGUCAUAUUUCAUUGAUAGUGUUGAUGGGAAAAAUAACUCAGCAUUAUUUUACAUAGAUAUGGCCGAGGGUUAUCUAUAUCUAAAGAGCAAUUUAGACGCUGAAGAGAGCACUUUUCAUCAUAUUAUUUUAAUUGUGAAAGAUCAUGGCACACCAUCACUGAGCUCAAGAGCAAAUGUGUGGUUAACUGUAAAGGAUUUGAAUGAUAAUUUCCCCAAAUUUACGGAAGCUUCAUUUUCAUGCCGUUUAUCAGUGAAUGCGCAACGUGGUCAAUUCGUUAUCAAUGCAAAGGCGUACGAUCCCGAUCAUGAGGACAAUGAAAAGCUCAAAUAUCGCAUCAUCGACGGCAAUGAAUUGCAAACAUAUACGAUCAAUGAGAACAAUGGAGUUAUCACACUGCAAAAUAUGCAAAAUUUCACUGAUCACCACCAGACCUUAUUGAAUGUUUCCGUUAGUGAUGGUGUACACACGACCUUUGCCAGAGUUAAGAUUAUAUUAAUGCCAGAGAAUAAUCAUGCGCCUAAAUUCAUGAAAUCCGUUUAUGAAGCGAGCGUGAAGGAAAACGAGGCAGCCGGGAAGAGUAUUGUUUUGCUUCAAGCCUACGACGCUGACUUUGGCAGAUUUGCAAAACUCACCUAUGAUCUGGUUUCGGAAGAGUUCAAAGAGUAUUUUGAAAUCGAUAACACUAACGGUUCUAUAACAACGAAAGUCGCAUUUGAUCGUGAACAACGUGCUUUCUACGAUGUAUUGGUAAGGGUAUCUGACGAAGGUGGUAAAGCCGAUUUCACGACACUAAAAAUUAAAGUCGUAGAUGUCAAUGACAAUAGUCCGCGUUUUAUGGUCAAAGAAUAUAAACUUGUGGUUAAAGUGAAUACAACAAUUAAUACGACACUGUUGAAGGUGAAAGCAUUCGAUAUGGAUGAAAAUGAAAAUUCUCAGAUAAGCUACACAAUUGACGAAUCAACAGUGUCCGAAACCUACAAAGAUAUUUUCACGAUCAACGAAGCGGACGGCAGUUUGAGUCUGAUGAAACCAGUCACUGAAUUCGCAAAUAAUGUGGCACAAUUCUUCGUACGCGCCAUGGAUGGCGGCAGUCCACAAUUUCAUAACGAUGUACCCGUUACAAUACAAUUCAUCAACGCUGAUGUUACAGUGCCCGAGUUCGAAAAGAAUGCUUUCGAACUGCAUGUGUUGGAAUCAACACCACCGGGUUCGGUAUUAACGAAACUACGCAUAUCCGGCAAUUAUUCGGUGAAAUUCUCCAUACCUAUUGAAAGUCGUAAGUUCUCUAUUUCGGAGAAUGGUGAGGUGAUACUGAUGCAAACGCUCGAUCGCGAAGUAAACGAUGUACACUAUAUGAUUGCUAUGGCGGAAACGGAAACCAUACCGCCAUUAUUUGCAGUUUGCGAAAUCUAUAUACACGUGCUGGAUGAAAACGAUAAUUCCCCCAAAUUCGAUAGUCGCGAAUACAAUGUGAAUAUUGGUGAAAAUAUCGAUAAAGUCGCGUCGAUCAUUAAAGUGACCGCCACUGAUAUGGAUAUGGGUUCAAAUGGUGAUAUACGUUACUAUCUCGAGGAUGAAACGAAUACGGCGUCGAAUGUGUUCGACAUCGACAUCUACUCGGGUUGGAUAACACUGCUGAGCACGUUGGAUCGCGAAACACAAUCGGAAUAUCAUUUUAAUGUGCUUGCCACCGACAACGGCCAACCGAAGCAUGUUUCUAAAGUGCCGGUGUCUAUAAAGAUCAUCGAUUACAAUGAUAAUCCCUCCACGUUCAAUCAGGAAAGUUUCGAAAUUUCAGUGCACGAGAAUUCGCUGCCCGGCACCAUUUUAAAAUAUUUCCUCAUUACCGAUCUGGAUGCGGAGAAGAGCAUAACCAGUUAUUACAUAAUGUCCGGUGAUAAGUACUCACAAUUUCAAAUUGGCAAAACUGGUGAACUGUUUGUGGCGAAGCCGUUGGAUAGAGAAGCAAUACCGACAUACAAUUUAAAUGUACUCGUCACCGAUGGUAAAUUUGUGGCCAGCACUGAGGUUACCAUAACGGUGCAGGAUGUCAAUGAUAAUGUUCCAAUCUGUAUGACGCCACGUUACAAUCUGCGUAUAAACGAGUCGGUGAUGACCGGCACUCCACUCAUACAAAUUGACGCACUGGACAACGAUGAGAAUGGCAACAGUCAGUUGCGUUACUAUCUGACUGGCAAUCGGUCUGAUGAUUUCUUCAUCGAAAAAGAUACAGGUACCUUGCGUGUAGCUAAAACGAUCGAUCGUGAAACGCAUGCGCGUUACAUUUUAACGGCACAUGUGCAAGACGGACAAGAACUGUUGCAGGAAUGCACCUCCGAACUUAUCAUCAAUGUGAACGAUCUCAACGACAACCGACCGGAGUUCUCGAUGGCACAGUAUAUUGUGAGCAUACCGGAGGAUGCGCCAAUCGGCACUAUUGUGACAAAGGUGCACGCCACUGAUAAGGAUUUCGGUUUGAAUCGUAAGAUCGUCUACUCUUUCGUCGAAGAGCAACCGAACUUCAGCAUAUCACGUAGUAGCGGUAUUAUAAAGUUAUCGAAGAGUUUAGAUCGUGAAAGCAUUUCGAUUUUCAAUGUAUCCAUCAAGGCAGUCGAUAGCGGUAAUCCGAAACAGUUAACGAUCACACGACUCAUAAUCAAUGUGCUCGAUAUUAACGACAAUCCACCUGAGUUCAGCACCCGAGAAUACAAAACGUACGUCUAUGAGAAUGCCACUGUGAAUACGGAAGUCGUGCGCAUUUUCGCCACCUCCAAAGAUAUCGGCGUCAAUGCGGAAGUAUUGUAUUUCAUUAUGGGUGGCAAUGAGCAUAAUAAAUUCAGCAUCGAUUCAAAGACCGGCAGCAUUUAUGUAAAUGACGAUUUGGAUUAUGAACGCACAAAGGCGUACUUCUUAACGGUACAAGCGAUCGAUGGUGGUACACCGCCACUCAGUAAUAUGGCUUCGGUAAAUAUUUCCGUAUUGGAUGUCAAUGAUAAUGCGCCGAAAUUCACGCAGAACAUGUAUCGCGCCAAGGUGCGCGAAGAUGCGCCCAAAAUGCAAAAGCUAUUGCAAGUGCUGGCCACCGACGCGGAUGCGGGACAAAAUGGCAUUAUACGUUACAACAUCGAACGCGGCGACCAUUUGAAUCAAUUCGCCAUUGAAGAUUUCUCUGGACAGUUAAUCGUGGUCAAUGCAUUGGAUCGUGAGUUGAAUGCUAACUAUUUGCUUGAGAUCAAGGCGUGCGACAAUGGCGUGCCCGAACAGUGCAGCUAUGUACGCAUUUAUGUCGACAUAUUGGAUGUGAACGAUAAUCCGCCGCUCUUCCGCAUGCAGAACUACAGUGUGGUGCUGCAGGAGAACAAACAGUUGGGCUACAAUGUGCUGCUCUUUGAAAUCAGCGACGCCGACGAGGCGCCCAAUACGGCACCCUACACUUUCGACUUGCGCAGCGGCAAUGAGGGCGGUUUCUUUCGCAUCGGUCAAGACGGCUGGUUGCGCACGGCGGCGCGUUUCAAUCACAAAAUUUGCGAUAUCUACACGCUGCAGGUGCGCGUCUUCGAUAACGGCACACCGCCGCUCUACUCGGACGCCUGGGUGCAUGUACGCAUAAUUGAGGAGAGUCAAUAUCCGCCGGUCAUCACACCCUUGGAGGUGACGGUCAAGUCAUAUGACGACGAUUACAUGGGUGGUUUUCUCGGACGUGUGCAUGCGAGCGAUCAGGAUAAAUACGACAAUUUGCUGUACGCACUGACGCCGACUAGUGGUGAGGUGUACGUGACCAAGCAGCUGUUCAACAUAUCACAAAACAAUGGUUCUCUGUAUGCCAUUAGCAAUCUGGAUAUCGGCAUGUAUCGCAUCAAUAUUACCGUGACCGAUGGCAAGUUUACGGCACAUGCGCUGGUCAAGCUGAAUGUGGAGCUCAUAACGGGCGAUAUGACGCGCAAUGCGAUUGUCAUAAGUUUCCGUAAAGUGACGCCUGAAGCAUUCAUCUUGAGCCACCGUAAAGGUUUCAUACGCGCUUUACGCGCCAUAUUACGCUGCCGCCAAAAGGACAUUACAAUCAUCGCUAUACAAGCGUCGAAUAGCCAUACGGCGCACAAGGAGCCACAGGACUCGGACAGUGUCAUGCUGGAGCGCAGUAAACGGCAACAACCCACGCCCGCUGAUAAUCUGAAUGUUUUGUUUGCCGUACGUAAGCAACAGAUUACGCCCAGCUCCGAGGAGUAUUUCACCACCGCCGAAGUGCGCGCAGUGCUGGUGAACUUCAUCGAUGACAUAGAGGACGCCACCAAUUUAGUGGUGGAGGAGAUUAUGUCACCCACUUGCACACAUAACAUCUGCGUACAAGGCGACUGUUUCAAUCGCAUACGUCUGAACAAGCGACAGCUGAAUACCUAUUCGACCGAUGUCGCCAGCUUCGCAUCGCCCACAUACAAGCAUGCCAACGAGUGUCAGUGCAAGCAAGGUUAUGGCGGUCGUAUUUGUAAUGAGCCCAUCAAUGCUUGCUCGUCCAAUCCCUGUCCGCCAGAGAAGACUUGCUGGCCCGCAAACACAACAAUCGGUUAUCAGUGCAUAUGUCCGCAAGGUUUUACCGGUCACGCCUGCGAUAGCAAAUCGACGUUGACGAAAUGUCAACACGGCAACUGCAGCGCACGUUUCACUUCGGUUUCGUUCAGCGGUAAAAGUUAUGCACAUUACAAAAUCAAUAAGGCCGUUGCGAAGACUAUACUGGAGCAAGAGUUUGUGUAUUCGCUGAAGAUACGCACCGUACAGCAGACGGGUACGCUGCUUUUCUCCAGCGGACGCAUUGACUAUCACAUACUGGAGAUUUACAAUGGUGCUGUGCAGUAUCGUUACGAACUGGGUUCGGGUGAGGGUAAAAUAUGUGUCUCAAGCAUUUACAUCGCCGAUGGUGAGUGGCAUACAAUCACGCUGGAGCGCAUAUUGAAUAGCGCCAAAUUGACGGUGGACAACAAGCAUGUGUCACAGGGUAGCGCACCGGGUGUUAACGGCAUACUCAACAUACAGUCGAAUGAUAUUUUCGUUGGCGCCGAAGUGAAACCACAUCCCGCCAUCAUCGGUUUCGAGGAUAUACAAAAGGGUUUCAUCGGUUGCAUGUCCGACAUUAAAAUCGCGCUGGAACCCUUGCCGCUAUACAUAUCGGGUGGCAGCUCUGUGGCGGCGCUGAAGCGCUUCACUAAUGUCGAAUUCACUUGUGAUCCGACUAGCGUGCUCGUACAACUGGGUAUUUGUGGCGCACAGCCGUGUCUUAACGGCGGCAUUUGCAUCGAUUUGGGUGAAAAUAAAUUCAAGUGCACUUGCCAUGCGCGCUUUACGGGGCAAAUGUGCGAGGUUGAUAUGGAUCCGUGCGCUUCGGCGCCUUGUCUUUUCGGCGGUCGCUGUGAAGUGCACGAGUACGGCAAUUACAGUUGCGUGUGUCCGUUACAUUUAUCCGGACGUCGUUGUGAGUAUGGUAAAUAUUGUUCACCGAAUCCGUGCAAGAAUGGUGGUGUCUGCGAAGAGGGUGAUGGCACGCCGCACUGCAUGUGUCGUGGCUAUACGGGCCCCACAUGCGAGAUUGACGUAAAUGAAUGUGAUAAUCAUCCGUGUGGCAAUGGCGCAACAUGCAUCAAUGAGGCGGGCAGUUUUCGGUGUAUUUGUCCAUCUUAUCUCACAGGCGCCAGCUGCGGUGAUCCGCUAUAUUCCAAUUCAAUAUCGACUAAAUUAAGAAAUCUUUCAAUGGAACAGUUAGCUGGCAUUGUUGGUGGCAUAGUGUUCAUUAUCAUAGUUAUACUUGUUGCCUUCUGUUGUAUAGUUUUUCGGAAGAGCAGCAAUACGAGCGGCCAAAAUUCGAGUAACAAAGAUCCAUACAAAGGAGAAAAUUUGAACUCUCUCGUUUGCAAGGAAAAAUAUGCCAAGAAUAUAGCGAAGAUGAGCAAUUUGGAAAUAAAUCAACGACCGAUGAGCUAUACGGCUUCGACAAAUGAUAAUUUGUACUCGGGUCACACCACCUUCGUGAAUAACUUGGACAUAUUGCGCAGUUACGGUUCGGCUGGUGAUGAACUGGAAAACAUACCAUUCGAAUAUCAGAAGAUCAAUCGGAACAAUGAACAUGUGAAUCUAAAUGAUUCCGAUCCCAUACAAAAACGCGACUGGGCCGAGCAAAUGCAUUUGAAGACCUUUAGUGAGAACAAGCUUAACAAUGAAAAACUAGAUUAUACUGCUUUAAAAAGCGGUUGUAGCAAAAUGAUGCAAGUAACGGUGCCAAAUGUUUGCCACUCACCAUACACGGAUUAUCCACCGGUCAAUCACGGCCAAUACCAUUGGGAUUGUUCAGAUUGGGUGCGAAAGAGCCAUAAUCCACUGCCGGAUAUAACGGAGGUACCUGGUGCUGAAAUUGCUGAUUCGUCGAGCUUCCAUAGUAAUGAUAGCAAUGAGUCUAAACCACGGCGUACCUAUGCAGGGCAAAAUAUGUGCAUUGGUGUUGAUCCUACACGAGAUAUUGUGACUUUAAAUGAAGACUUAACAUCCGAAUGCAUCGACUCCGAAUUAGAGAGUUGUAUGCGACCUUUCGAACUGCCGCUUAUAAAUCAUGAUGAUGUUUCAAGACUGAGCCCCCAAAUUAACUUUGAGAAUGAAGACUUCAUUACAAAUCCAGUGCCUUCAACAUAUGAUCCUAUGAACUCAUGUAACGCAUAUUUACGGCAUCCAGAUUCAUAUUUACCUCCAUUUAAUGUACCCAGUGAAACUGAAGGUGAAAGCUCAAGCACUGAGGUAUUUUCGAAAGCCACCAGUGAAAUGCUACCCAGAAGAAAGUUAAGUGACAAAUCGGAAGAAAUUUAUGUGUUCAGAAAUCUCCACUCGAAAAAUGGAUCAAAUAGCGACCUCUCGGUUCACUUGUGUGAAAUUGAAGAUUCCGAAUUAGAGGAAUUUUUACCAAGCUCAUCAAAAGACGUUAAUAAUAGAUAGACAAAGUGAGAUCCUUCGAUCGCAAAAGGCAUUUAAUUGUAUAAAAAGAAAUAUUUUUAUAAGAUCUUCAUACUUAAAAACAAACCGAAAAAAAUUCCAGAGAAAUAAAUAAAUAACGGUUAAAAGUUAA